AUGGCGAAGAGGAUCGCUGACAAAGAGCUGACCGACAGGAACUGGGAUCAGGAGGAUGAAGGAGAGGAGGUGGGCUUGCUGUACCAUGUUACUACAGCCUCACUGAUAGUGCUACAGACUGUAUAAAUAAUACACAGCCCUGCAGGCACCUGUCCAGGGGUUAGCCUUUCACACGUUUGCCUAGUAGUAGAAAGUAUUAGUCUCCCUUUCUGUUGUUGGCUGUUUCAAUAGUUUCAGCAUCCCAGUAUAUGAUAAUCCAAUAGAUACAACAUGCGUUGUGUUGUAAAAACAGUUAUCUGGGCAGUGUUGUGCAUAGAGGGGAUACUCAGAAGGAGCUAAAGACCUGGUUGGAUAGGUCAUGGCGUUUUGGAUCACUGUAGCCAGCCAAAUGACAGAGGUCUCGGGAAUAAGUAGCGUUUUUUGUUUUAUUUUAAACACCCAUUUUCGCCUCUGCUCUGCUCCUGACCGCAUGUGCUAACAUAGAAAUAGAAUGAAUAGAACGGCUGGUGUCAUAAUGGGUGGACUGGCUGCCAUUUUGAGUGUCCCCAUAGAAGCAAAGCUAGGUUGAAAAAUGGGGAAAGGUUAAGACAACGGAGUCACAAUAAUGCUGAGGUUCUACCGCUCCGAAUCAACCGUGGGACCAGCUCAAGCGUUGUAGCUACGCUGCCUAGGCAGAAGGCAAGCGGGCUGAAGCAGAUCAUACGGUUGUUGAACAAAAAUAUAAUGUUAUGCUAAUGCAACAGCCGUCUAGCCAGCUUGCUAACAUCUAGGUUGAAGUUUACAAGGUUAAGACAAUGGGGUUCUAAUAUCCCGUAACUCUGCAAUUCAUGGGACCAGCGUUGCUAGUUAGCAACAGCGCUAGCAGUUCUCAACGGAGCUGGUCCCAUGAAUUUGUUUAUGUUCGAACGCUUCCGCAUGGAAUUAUUACGUUGUUGUAACCUUGUAUUUUUUUAACCUAGGAGCAAAGCAGGAAGUAAAAGCAGGAAGUGUUCCCUGUGCUGUUAUUUGUUGAUUCAACUCAACAGACGUUACAAAUAAUACAUUCCAUUGCUUGAGCCACAUCAGUUAACAUCAUUUUAGUGAACGUUCUACAUUACUAUGGAAACGAUUGCAUCACAAUACCAGGCAGCCAUUGCGAGUGUACCCAUGAGUUUACCAGUCAAAUGACCAGGGUUAGAAGGUCCAAGCCCCGUUCUAUUCCUUCCAUUUCUAUGUGCUGCUGCAUUGUGGCAACCAAAGAAUCGUCUGUUGCUUGUUUCAGCAAGAAGCAACAGUUUCAUCAUGCUAAGGCCAUGUUACCGUAGAAACUGACUCAACUGCACAAAUUCCCGGCCACCCCAUCUUCAGUCAGCAAGUUUUUUAUUUUAUUUUUAUUUAUUUUUACCGGUUAUGACUGUUUAUUUUAUUUUCAUGAAGGUCUUCAUCUAUAACCGUCAGUUACACGGCUAUACAGCAAUUGUGCCAGCCCUAAGUAAAUACAGUUACAAAGAAGCUUGUCAAAUCAACAUGUUGAUUCAACGUUCUAGAAUCAUCCUUGUAGUUGCAGGAAAAUGUUUAAAAAAACUAUUAGUCCAGCCGAUAUGUGAAUUUCACCCAAAACUUUGCACACAUUGCCUGGACUAUAUUGCAGAGUAAGGAUUUGUUGUACAUAUUUUGACCCUAUCUCUAAUAGUGUUGUGAUGGUGUUCAGCAGGCAGGGACGUUUUCCAUCGCUAGUGAUGAUGUCAUGAAGAGCAGGCCCAUCAAGAAGGCCAAGCGUCGGGCUGCUGGUUCAGAGGUAGGCUACCUGGCUAACUGACAUGCAUGCUGUCUGUGUGUCUAGCUGCUGGUUCAGAGGUAGGCUACCUGGCUAACUGACAUGCAUGCUGUCUGUGUGUCUAGCUGCUGGUUCAGAGGUAGGCUACCUGGCUAACUGACAUGCAUGCUGUCUGUGUGUCUAACUGCUGGUUCAGAGGUAGGCUACCUGGCUAACUGACAUGCAUGCUGUCUGUGUGUCUAACUGCUGGUUCAGAGGUAGGCUACCUGGCUAACUGACAUGCAUGCUGUCUGUGUGUCUAACUGCUGGUUCAGAGGUAGGCUAACUGACAUGCAUGCUGUCUGUGUGUCUAACUGCUGGUUCAGAGGUAGGCUACCUGGCUAACUGACAUGCAUGCUGUCUGUGUGUCUAGCUGCUGGUUCAGAGGUAGGCUACCUGGCUAACUGACAUGCAUGCUGUCUGUGUGUCUAACUGCUGGUUCAGAGGUAGGCUACCUGGCUAACUGACAUGCAUGCUGUCUGUGUGUCUAGCUGCUGGUUCAGAGGUAGGCUACCUGGCUAACUGACAUGCAUGCUGUCUGUGUGUCUAACUGCUGGUUCAGAGGUAGGCUACCUGGCUAACUGACAUGCAUGCUGUCUGUGUGUCUAACUGCUGGUUCAGAGGUAGGCUAACUGACAUGCAUGCUGUCUGUGUGUCUAACUGCUGGUUCAGAGGUAGGCUACCUGGCUAACUGACAUGCAUGCUGUCUGUGUGUCUAGCUGCUGGUUCAGAGGUAGGCUAACUGGCUAACUGACAUGCAUGCUGUCUGUGUGUCUAACUGCUGGUUCAGAGGUAGGCUAGAAUCUGGCCUUAAUGGCCACAUAGUUUUUAUAGACUAAUUUAACUAACCAACACCGUGGGAACUAGCGCACAUGCAUACUGUCUUAGUCUGUCAGGUGGAAACCUGGGUAAUGUUCAUUAGAAGAAAACAGAAACAAGGGUUUCUUAUUGCACAAGUUCUGAACACAACCCAGCUUUACUUUAACCCAAUUCAAGCAGUUCUUCCUUCCAGCUUUACAUUAACCCAAGUCAAGCAGUUCUUCCUUCCAGCUUAACUUUAACCCAAUUCAAGCAGUUCUUCCUUCCAGCUUUACUUUAACCCACUUCAAACAUUGCUUCCUUCCUUCCAGCUUUACUUUAACCCAAUUCAAGCAGUUCUUCCUUCCAGCUUUACUUUAACCCAAUUCAAGCAUUGCUUCCUUCCUUCCAGCUUUACUUUAACCCAAGUCAAGCAUCGCUUGCUUCCUUCCAGCUUUACUUUAACCCAAGUCAAGCAGUGCUUCCUUCCUUCGAUGCCAGAACUCCCUUUUUAAAGAGUGGUGAUGUAGCCUAAUGGAGGGAGAUAGGAGUGAAUAAUUUGUUUCCUUCCUGUCUGUGCUGCCUGCAGGGGCAGAGUGGAGGAACGUUCAAAGGGUUUAAAGGGUUCUCCCUGGCCCCUCCGUUGGGAACCGGGCCAGCCACGGGGGGAAUCACGGCCUUCUCCGGGUUCGGGAAUGGGGCAGGGUUCAAACUGUCCAAUGGGAACAGUGUUACACCCGUCACUCCAGCCUUCACCGGGUUCGCCUCGCCUGCUGCCACCAAGACCACCACACCUGGUAAGAGGCUGCAUUUCUAACCGUUGGACAGUUAAAGUGCUAGUCCUGGAGGAUAACUUGUGAAAGUGGCCCGGUGUUGAUAUGAAAUGGAGUUGAGGGAUCUGGUAUUAGAGGUUAAUGGAGCUGAAUCAGUGGGAUUGGCUCUGUGUGGAUCUGGUAUUAGAGGUUAAUGGAGCUGAAUCAGUGGGGUUGGCUCUGUGUGGAUCUGGUAUUAGAGGCUAAUGGAGCUGAAUCAGUGGGGUUGGCUCUGUGUGGAUCUGGUAUUAGAGGCUAAUGGAGCUGAAUCAGUGGGGUUGGCUCUGUGUGGAUCUGGCAUUAGAGGCUAAUGGAGCUGAAUCAGUGGGGUUGGCUCUGUGUGGAUCUGGUAUUAGAGGCUAAUGGACCUGAAUCAGUGGGGUUGGCUCUGUGUGGAUCUGGUAUUAGAGGCUAAUGGAGCUGAAUCAGUGGGGUUGGCUCUGUGUGGAUCUGGUAUUAGAGGCUAAUGGAGCUGAAUCAGUGGGGUUGGCUCUGUGUGGAUCUGGUAUUCGAGGCUAAUGGAGCUGAAUCAGUGGGGUUGGCUCUGUGUGGAUCUGGUAUUAGAGGCUAAUGGAGCUGAAUCAGUGGGGUUGGCUCUGUGUGGAUCUGGUAUUAGAGGCUAAUGGAGCUGAAUCAGUGGGGUUGGCUCUGUGUGGAUCUGGUAUUAGAGGCUAAUGGAGCUGAAUCAGUGGGGUUGGCUCUGUGUGGAUCUGGUAUUAUAGGUUAAUGGAGCUGAAUCAGUGGGGUUGGCUCUGUGUGGAUCUGGUAUUAGAGGCUAAUGGAGCUGAAUCAGUGGGGUUGGCUCUGUGUGGAUCUGGUAUUAGAGGCUAAUGGAGCUGAAUCAGUGGGGUUGGCUCUGUGUGGAUCUGGUAUUAGAGGCUAAUGGAGCUGAAUCAGUGGGGUUGGCUCUGUGUGGAUCUGGUAUUAUAGGUUAAUGGAGCUGAAUCAGUGGGGUUGGCUCUGUGUGGAUCUGGUAUUAGAGGCUAAUGGAGCUGAAUCAGUGGGGUUGGCUCUGUGUGGAUCUGGUAUUAGAGGCUAAUGGAGCUGAAUCAGUGUGUCGGCUCCUCUCCCAGUGUGGUACCUGAGGGUGGAAUGACAGAACAGAGAUGCUCCAGUAUUCAGUCAGUCUCUCUCCUUCUCUACCGUUAAACUCAGGGCUACUGAAGGCGUCCGCAUGCCUCCCAUCUGAAACAGUUCCUGCAUAUAUUAUGACAACAUUUUCGGAUGUUUUGGUCUUCGGCUAGGGUUUUUUUCGGCUGUUUGUGCACACAAACAUUUCUCGAGUCAAGACGAAGUUCGCAAGCCAAAGUCGUGGGUGAUUGGUCAACAGUAGGGAUUCUUCAAUGAUAGGCUAGUUUUCGUGCACAUUCUUUCGCUUGAGAAAUGCUGCACCAAACAUCCUAGUUAGAUGUAAAAAUGUAUGACGUAUUUCUUGUUAUCUUAGAUUAAUUGUGACUAUACUGGCUACGGCGUCUCAAGGUGGACAAACGGUACUAUUGCCGCUUUAGUGGUUUUUCAAGCGAAGGUGGAAGGUAUGGGAACACUGGUUGGGUUGGCUAGGCAACAGCCGACCGCGCAUGCUGAAGCCUUAAGGCUUCUCUCUGCUGUAGCACUCACCUUCUCCUUCUGUUUUCUCUUGUCCUCUUCACCUGCUCAUCCUCUCCUCCUCUCCUCUCCUCUCCUCUCCUCUCCUCUCCUCUCCUCUCCUCUCCUCUCCUCUCCUCUCCUCUCCUCUCCUCUCCUCUCCUCUCCUCUCCUCUCCUCUCCUCUUCUCUCUCAUCCCCCUCUCCUCCUCUCCAUCACCCUCUCAUCCCCCUCCUCUCUAUCCCCCUCUCAUCCCCCUCCUCUCUAUCCCCCUCUCAUCCUCUCCUCCUCUCUCUCAUCCCCCUCUCCUAGGUUCAUUAACAUUCAGCGGCCCCCCCUCCAGCGGUGACAUCACAGAGCAGCAGCCUAACGGUUCCUCCCCCGUGGUUUCCAGUCUGUCUCUGAGCUCCGGCUCCUGUACCUCCUCUGACAACCAGGAAUACAGGAAGCAGCUCACAGCGCUCAACUGCUCUGUCAGGGACUGGAUCACCAAGCACGUCAACAGAAACCCUCUCUGCGACCUCAACCCCAUCUUCAGGGACUAUGAGAAGCACCUGGCCAGCAUCGACAAGAAGUACGGAGGGGCUGGAGGGAGUGGCGCUGUGGCUGGGGGCUCGGCGAGCGGUAGCAAGGCAGCAGCACCGGAGGAGAAGCAGCCAGCCGGUACCACACCCCCCUCCUCUAGUACCGUCGGCUCGGCAACCACAGCUCCACUCUUCUCCUUCAGCAAGGACGGCACCGCUCCAGCCUCGGAGAAAAGCUCCAGCGCCGCUCCUGCUCCGCUCCCCGCUGGCAUCAGCUUUAACUUGGGCCAGAAGGCUCUGAGCUCUGGAGGAUCUCCUAACGUCUCCUUCUCCUCCUCCUCCUCCCUGUUUGGAGGCACCUCUCUUCCUAGCUUCUCCUUCAGUGGGGCCAAGGCUGAGGCUGUCCCCACCCAGACAACAGGUACGAUAUGGAAGGUCUAAUGUAUGUAGGGAAAUAGAAAUAUUACUCAUGUAAUACUGUCCUAACAGCUAUGAUAUCAGGUGACUAGAUAUUCUAUACUAGUCAUACCUGCCUAGUCACUUUACCCUGCCUUCAUGUACAUAUCUACCUCAAAUACCUUAUUAUUAUCUAUCCUGAUGCCUAGUCACUUUACCCUGCCUUCAUGUACAUAUCUACCUCAAAUACCUUAUUAUUAUCUAUCCUGAUGCCUAGUCACUUUACCCUGCCUUCAUGUACAUAUCUACCUCAAAUACCGUAUUAUCUAUCCUGAUGCCUAGUCACUUUACCCUGCCUUCAUGGACAUAUCUACCUCAUAUACCUUAUUAUUAUCUAUCCUGAUGCCUAGUCACUUUACCCUGCCUUCAUGUACAUAUCUACCUCAAAUACCUUAUUAUUAUCUAUCCUGAUGCCUAGUCACAUUACCCUGCCUUCAUGUACAUAUCUACCUCAAAUACCUUAUUAUUAUCUAUCCUGAUGCCUAGUCACUUUACCCUGCCUUCAUGUACAUAUCUACCUCAAAUACCUUAUUAUGAUCUAUCCUGAUGCCUAGUCACUUUACCCUGCCUUCAUGUACAUAUCUACCUCAAAUACCUUAUUAUUAUCUAUCCUGAUGCCUAGUCACUUUACCCUGCCUUCAUGUACAUAUCUACCUCAAAUACCUUAUUAUUAUCUAUCCUGAUGCCUAGUCACAUUACCCUGCCUUCAUGUACAUAUCUACCUCAUAUACCUUAUUAUUAUCUAUCCUGAUGCCUAGUCACUUUACCCUGCCUUCAUGUACAUAUCUACCUCAAAUACCUUAUUAUUAUCUAUCCUGAUGCCUGGUCACUUUACCCUGCCUUCAUGUACAUAUCUACCUCAAAUACCUUAUUAUUAUCUAUCCUGAUGCCUAGUCACAUUACCCUGCCUUCAUGUACAUAUCUACCUCAAAUACCUUAUUAUUAUCUAUCCUGAUGCCUAGUCACUUUACCCUGCCUUCAUGUACAUAUCUACCUCAAAUACCUUAUUAUUAUCUAUCCUGAUGCCUAGUCACUUUACCCUGCCUUCAUGUACAUAUCUACCUCAAAUACCUUAUUAUUAUCUAUCCUGAUGCCUAGUCACUUUACCCUGCCUUCACGUACAUAUCUACCUCAUAUACCUUAUUAUUAUCUAUCCUGAUGCCUAGUCACUUUACCCUGCCUUCAUGUCCAUAUCUACCUCAUAUACCUUAUUAUUAUCUAUCCUGAUGCUUAGUCACUUUACCCUGCCUUCAUGUACAUAUCUACCUCAUAUACCUCGUACGUCUCCACAUUGAUCUGGUACUGGUACUUCCUGUAUAUAGCUCCACAUUGAUCUGGUACUUCCUGUAUAUAGCUCCACAUUUAUCUGGUACUUCCUGUAUAUAGCUCCACAUUGAUCUGGUACUUCCUGUAUAUAGCUCCACAGUGAUCUGGUACUUCCUGUAUAUAGCUCCACAUUGAUCUGGUACUUUCCUGUAUAUAGCUCCACAUUGAUCUGGUACUUCCUGUAUAUAGCUCCACAUUGAUCUGGUACUUCCUGUAUAUAGCUGCACAUUGAUCUGGUACUUCCUGUAUAUAGCUCCACAUUGAUCUGGUACUUCCUGUAUAUAGCUCCACAUUGAUCUGGUACUUCCUGUAUAUAGCUCCACAUUGAUCUGGUACUUCCUGUAUAUAGCUCCACAUUGAUCUGGUACUUCCUGUAUAUAGCUCCACAUUGAUCUGGUACUUCCUGUAUAUAGCUCCACAUUGAUCUGGUACUUCCUGUAUAUAGCUCCACAUUGAUCUGGUACUUCCUGUAUAUAGCUCCACAUUGAUCUGGUACUUCCUGUAUAUAGCUCCACAUUGAUCUGGUACUUCCUGUAUAUAGCUCCACAUUGAUCUGGUACUUCCUGUAUAUAGCUCCACAGUGAUCUGGUACUUCCUGUAUAUAGCUCCACAUUGAUCUGGUACUUCCUGUAUAUAGCUCCACAUUGAUCUGGUACUUCCUGUAUAUAGCUCCACAUUGAUCUGGUACUUCCUGUAUAUAGCUCCACAUUGAUCUGGUACUUCCUGUAUAUAGCUCCACAGUGAUCUGGUACUUCCUGUAUAUAGCUCCACAGUGAUCUGGUACUUCCUGUAUAUAAAUCCAUUCUUGUGUAUUUGAUUUUAUUCCUUGUGUUACUACUUCAACUGAAGGGGUUUAAUAGUAAUCAGAAUCCCCAUAAUUCACCAAGUACAUAACUUAAACACACCCAGAAUGUUACCUGGUUAUAUGGUGCUGCUAGUGAUGGACACACCCAGAAUGUUACCUGGUUAUAUGGUGCUGCUAGUGAUGGACAACACACCCAGAAUGUUACCUGGUUAUAUGGUGCUGCUAGUGAUGGACACCACACCCAGAAUGUUACCUGGUUAUAUGGUGCUGCUAGUGAUGGACACACCCAGAAUGUUACCUGGUUAUAUGGUGCUGCUAGUGAUGGACAACACACCCAGAAUGUUACCUGGUUAUAUGGUGCUGCUAGUGAUGGACACACCCAGAAUGUUACCUGGUUAUAUGGUGCUGCUAGUGAUGGACACACCCAGAAUGUUACCUGGUUAUAUGGUGCUGCUAGUGAUGGACAACACACCCAGAAUGUUACCUGGUUAUAUGGUGCUGCUAGUGAUGGACACACCCAGAAUGUUACCUGGUUAUAUGGUGCUGCUAGUGAUGGACACACCCAGAAUGUUACCUGGUUAUAUGGUGCUGCUAGUGAUGGACACACCCAGAAUGUUACCUGGUUAUAUGGUGCUGCUAGUGAUGGACACCACACCCAGAAUGUUACCUGGUUAUAUGGUGCUGCUAGUGAUGGACACACCCAGAAUGUUACCUGGUUAUAUGGUGCUGCUAGUGAUGGACACCACACCCAGAAUGUUACCUGGUUAUAUGGUGCUGCUAGUGAUGGACACACCCAGAAUGUUACCUGGUUAUAUGGUGCUGCUAGUGAUGGACACCACACCCAGAAUGUUACCUGGUUAUAUGGUGCUGCUAGUGAUGGACACACCCAGAAUGUUACCUGGUUAUAUGGUGCUGCUAGUGAUGGACACCACACCCAGAAUGUUACCUGGUUAUAUGGUGCUGCUAGUGAUGGACACACCCAGAAUGUUACCUGGUUAUAUGGUGCUGCUAGUGAUGGACACCACACCCAGAAUGUUACCUGGUUAUAUGGUGCUGCUAGUGAUGGACACACCCAGAAUGUUACCUGGUUAUAUGGUGCUGCUAGUGAUGGACACACCCAGAAUGUUACCUGGUUAUAUGGUGCUGCUAGUGAUGGACACACCCAGAAUGUUACCUGGUUAUAUGGUGCUGCUAGUGAUGGACACACCCAGAAUGUUACCUGGUUAUAUGGUGCUGCUAGUGAUGGACACCACACCCAGAAUGUUACCUGGUUAUAUGGUGCUGUUAGUGAUGGACACACCCAGAAUGUUACCUGGUUAUAUGGUGCUGCUAGUGAUGGACAACACACCCAGAAUGUUACCUGGUUAUAUGGUGCUGCUAGUGAUGGACACACCCAGAAUGUUACCUGGUUAUAUGGUACUGCUAGUGAUGGACAACACACCCAGAAUGUUACCUGGUUAUAUGGUGCUGCUAGUGAUGGACACACCCAGAAUGUUACCUGGUUAUAUGGUGCUGCUAGUGAUGGACACCACACCCAGAAUGUUACCUGGUUAUAUGGUGCUGCUAGUGAUGGACAACACACCCAGAAUGUUACCUGGUUAUAUGGUGCUGCUAGUGAUGGACAACACACCCAGAAUGUUACCUGGUUAUAUGGUGCUGCUAGUGAUGGACACCACACCCAGAAUGUUACCUGGUUAUAUGGUGCUGCUAGUGAUGGACAACACACCCAGAAUGUUACCUGGUUAUAUGGUGCUGCUAGUGAUGGACACACCCAGAAUGUUACCUGGUUAUAUGGUGCUGCUAGUGAUGGACACCACACCCAGAAUGUUACCUGGUUAUAUGGUGCUGCUAGUGAUGGACACCACACCCAGAAUGUUACCUGGUUAUAUGGUGCUGCUAGUGAUGGACAACACACCCAGAAUGUUACCUGGUUAUAUGGUGCUGCUAGUGAUGGACACACCCAGAAUGUUACCUGGUUAUAUGGUGCUGCUAGUGAUGGACAACACACCCAGAAUGUUACCUGGUUAUAUGGUGCUGCUAGUGAUGGACACACCCAGAAUGUUACCUGGUUAUAUGGUGCUGCUAGUGAUGGACACCACACCCAGAAUGUUACCUGGUUAUAUGGUGCUGCUAGUGAUGGACACCACACCCAGAAUGUUACCUGGUUAUAUGGUGCUGCUAGUGAUGGACACCACACCCAGAAUGUUACCUGGUUAUAUGGUGCUGCUAGUGAUGGACACACCCAGAAUGUUACCUGGUUAUAUGGUGCUGCUAGUGAUGGACACACCCAGAAUGUUACCUGGUUAUAUGGUGCUGUUAGUGAUGGACACACCCAGAAUGUUACCUGGUUAUAUGGUGCUGUUAGUGAUGGACACACCCAGAAUGUUACCUGGUUAUAUGGUGCUGCUAGUGAUGGACACACCCAGAAUGUUACCUGGUUAUAUGGUGCUGCUAGUGAUGGACACCACACCCAGAAUGUUACCUGGUUAUAUGGUGCUGCUAGUGAUGGACACACCCAGAAUGUUACCUGGUUAUAUGGUGCUGCUAGUGAUGGACACCACACCCAGAAUGUUACCUGGUUAUAUGGUGCUGCUAGUGAUGGACACACCCAGAAUGUUACCUGGUUAUAUGGUGCUGCUAGUGAUGGACACACCCAGAAUGUUACCUGGUUAUAUGGUGCUGCUAGUGAUGGACAACACACCCAGAAUGUUACCUGGUUAUAUGGUGCUGCUAGUGAUGGACACACCCAGAAUGUUACCUGGUUAUAUGGUGCUGCUAGUGAUGGACAACACACCCAGAAUGUUACCUGGUUAUAUGGUGCUGCUAGUGAUGGACACACCCAGAAUGUUACCUGGUUAUAUGGUGCUGCUAGUGAUGGACACACCCAGAAUGUUACCUGGUUAUAUGGUGCUGCUAGUGAUGGACAACACACCCAGAAUGUUACCUGGUUAUAUGGUGCUGCUAGUGAUGGACAACACACCCAGAAUGUUACCUGGUUAUAUGGUGCUGCUAGUGAUGGACACACCCAGAAUGUUACCUGGUUAUAUGGUGCUGCUAGUGAUGGACACACCCAGAAUGUUACCUGGUUAUAUGGUGCUGCUAGUGAUGGACACCACACCCAGAAUGUUACCUGGUUAUAUGGUGCUGCUAGUGAUGGACACCACACCCAGAAUGUUACCUGGUUAUAUGGUGCUGCUAGUGAUGGACACCACACCCAGAAUGUUACCUGGUUAUAUGGUGCUGUUAGUGAUGGACACACCCAGAAUGUUACCUGGUUAUAUGGUGCUGCUAGUGAUGGACAACACACCCAGAAUGUUACCUGGUUAUAUGGUGCUGCUAGUGAUGGACACCACACCCAGAAUGUUACCUGGUUAUAUGGUGCUGCUAGUGAUGGACAACACACCCAGAAUGUUACCUGGUUAUAUGGUGCUGCUAGUGAUGGACACACCCAGAAUGUUACCUGGUUAUAUGGUGCUGCUAGUGAUGGACACACCCAGAAUGUUACCUGGUUAUAUGGUGCUGCUAGUGAUGGACACACCCAGAAUGUUACCUGGUUAUAUGGUGCUGCUAGUGAUGGACACCACACCCAGAAUGUUACCUGGUUAUAUGGUGCUGCUAGUGAUGGACACACCCAGAAUGUUACCUGGUUAUAUGGUGCUGCUAGUGAUGGACAACACACCCAGAAUGUUACCUGGUUAUAUGGUGCUGCUAGUGAUGGACACACCCAGAAUGUUACCUGGUUAUAUGGUGCUGCUAGUGAUGGACACCACACCCAGAAUGUUACCUGGUUAUAUGGUGCUGCUAGUGAUGGAUACACCCAGAAUGUUACCUGGUUAUAUGGUGCUGCUAGUGAUGGAUACACCCAGAAUGUUACCUGGUUAUAUGGUACUGCUAGUGAUGGACAACACAUAGCCAGAAUACAGACAGAGGAUAAAUAGUUUUUAUUGACUAGAUUCAUGAAUAUAUUUUCUGUAGGCUAAAUCAUUAUAAAAAAUAUAAAAAAUGGUGAGACAAAUAUUACAUUUACAUUUACGUCAUUUAGCAGACGCUCUUAUCCAGAGCGACUUACAAAUUGGUGCAUUCACCUUAUAGCCAGUGGGAUAACCACUUUACAAUUAUUUUUAUUUUAUUUUUUAUAUAUAUUUUCGGGGGGUAGAAGGAAUACUUUUAUACUAUUUACAUUUCCUGGUUUAUUGUCAACAUUGUUUUGUGAAACAUGUUGGAAAAACAACUAUGAUGAUAGUUUAGUACAUUUCAUCAGAAUUAUGAUAAACCUUCACUCUGCAAUAUUGGUAAACCAUAAUGUUUUACCAUUUUAUCUGGCGUUAAUGAUAUUUGAAGGUUGUAUUGGUUUUUAAACCCGGAGAUUAAACCUCUUUUUAUUAGAUGUCACUUUCAGCGGGCUGAGCUCACAUGGAAAGUCAUUCUGGAUAAUAGUCAAUGUUGUAAAUAUUCUUUAGUGUAAAGUGGAUUUAGACCAUGUGUUUUUGUGGUCCUCUGUAGCUCAAUUGGUAGAGCAUGGCGCUUGUAACGCCAGGGUAGUGGGUUCGAUCCCCGGGACCACCCAUACACAAAAAUGUAUGCACACAUGACUGUAAGUCGCUUUGGAUAAAAGCGUCUGCUAAAUGGCAUAAUAUUAUAUUAUAAUAUUAUUUGUUUAAGCUUUACAUUUGGUUAUUAAAAAAAAUGAAAUAAGAUUGGACAAUGUUGCCUGCUCUCCGUAACGUCUGUCCGUCCCUCUUCCUUGUCACCCUGUAGAGGAGAAUGGAGAGGAGUCUGAUGAACCACCCAAAGUUGAAGUCCAAGAGAUCAAGGAGUCGGAUGCCUUCUACUCUAAGAAGUAUGUCUGGGUUUCCAGCAUUUUCCAGAAACAUCUUAAAAUAGGGUUAUGUCAAUCUGUAGGAUCUGGUUUAUAGAUACGUCUUGGAAAUUAUCCAAUGGAAUGUAUCAUGAUUCACAUUCGCCAAACAUUCUGCAGUGUUAUAUUUUAACGGUGCGUUGCUUCAAAACCUUUUCGACUCGCUGGAAAAGACUGGCUAUAUAUAUUAGAUAACGUAACGAAAUGUACAAUUAUUCUAGGCUUUAUGAAACAGUAAAUUAUUCAAUUCUUUCGCAUGCUUUGCUGUUUUGUAUUUGUUACUACACACUUCCAAUAUUCUUCAGAAAUGUUUCUUCCAUGUGAAUCCCAUGUGUGUUCCAGGUGUAAACUGUUCUAUAAAAAAGAGACUGAGUUCAAGGAGAAGGGAGUUGGAACGCUGCAUCUGAAAACAACCCCAGAGGGAAAGACACAGCUGAUAGUCCGCGCUGACACUAACCUGGGUACGUUAUUAAACCUUAUCAAACCUUACCUUUUUUAUUAAAUCUGUUUAAACCUUACCUAGUGACCAUGACUAGACUAACUGGUAGAGGGGAAAUCAAUUAUUUUGGUUGUAGGCAAGUUGUUUUCCAUUUCUCACCUGCUGGCGUUCCCCCUUAUAUUCAUUCAUUGUUGCCACCGCUGCAAAAAAUGAGAUAUUUCUGCGGAGGCGCUUUUUAAAUGUGUCGUCGUCGGCUCAAUGAUUGUAAGUCUAUGGAACACCUAGCAUGUCGUUGGGCUAAUGCUAAUGCUAGUGGCAGUGCACCCCCCACUAGAAGCAAUGCCCCGCUACCGUUGCCACCGCUGCUGAAAUAAAUCCUAGGGGAAACGCUGCCUGUGGUAAAUUGCAGGUGCCUACAGGGUUAAAAAAUAGCCAUUCAACCAGUAUUGAGAAGAGAACGUUGUGCUCCGUUGUAAAAUGCAAGGGUGCCAAUAUAUUUGACAACUGUAUGUAGAAAUAUCCGCAAAACAUUGUGUGAUGUACACUACGGAGGCUCCUGUAAAAUGACAUCAGCAUAUUUGUUGUCUUUUUCUAAAUGUAGCAAUAGGAUAAGGAGGGUUUUUAAUUUGUUAUCUUUGCAAUCAUGACGUCCGAUUCACUUUAUGCACCUCACGGUUUGACAAAUCUCUACCGAUUUUAAGUGUUUUUGCCUGCUGGCCCAAUACUAAGGCUGUGCUGGGGAGACCAGCCCCUGGUGGGUUUCUGUGUCCUGGUGCUUCUGUCUCCUGUUUCGGCUGCUGCUGUGGAGCUGUAGACGACGUGAGGAGUUUACUAAACACUCCUAUCCUCCCUCUAGUGGCCACACGGAGGUAUUACAGUACUGGGGAUAUCUGCAGUCUCAUCCCUCCCCAGUGGAGAAGGGUUACUCACACUGUGAAUCAUUAAUGUCACCCAAGAAUUGUGGACUCACAUGUUGUUUUUAAUGUCUUUUUUUUUUUUUUUUUUGUAUAGAAUGUCAGAACAAAUGAAUUUCCCCCGUGUAAACAUCAACUAACUCUUGUAAUAAAUCAUGUGGAAAUUGAGCAAGUUGAGGUGACUAAACUGCUUGGAGUAACCCUAGAUUGUAAACUGUCAUGGUCAAAACAUAUUGAUGCAACAGUAGCUAAGAUGGGGAGAAGUCUGUCCAUAAUAAAGCGCUGCUCUACCUUCUUAACAGCACUAUCAACAAGGCAGGUCCUACAGGCCCUAGAGGUCCUACAACCCUCUCUCUCUCUCCUCCAGGUAACAUCCUGUUGAACAUCAUGGUCCAGGCCUCGUCAAUAACAACCCUCUCUCUCUCUCCUCCAGGUAACAUCCUGUUGAACAUCAUGGUCCAGGCCUCGUCAAUAACAACCCUCUCUCUCUCUCCUCCAGGUAACAUCCUGUUGAACAUCAUGGUCCAGGCCUCGUCAAUAACAACCCUCUCUCUCUCUCCUCCAGGUAACAUCCUGUUGAACAUCAUGGUCCAGGCCUCGUCAAUAACAACCCUCUCUCUCUCUCCUCCAGGUAACAUCCUGUUGAACAUCAUGGUCCAGGCCUCGUCAAUAACAACCCUCUCUCUCUCUCCUCCAGGUAACAUCCUGUUGAACAUCAUGGUCCAGGCCUCGUCAAUAACAACCCUCUCUCUCCUCCAGGUAACAUCCUGUUGAACAUCAUGGUCCAGGCCUCGUCAAUAACAACCCUCUCUCUCUCUCCUCCAGGUAACAUCCUGUUGAACAUCAUGGUCCAGGCCUCGUCAAUAACAACCCUCUCUCUCUCUCCUCCAGGGAACAUCCUGUUGAACAUCAUGGUCCAGGCCUCGUCAAUAACAACCCUCUCUCUCUCUCCUCCAGGUAACAUCCUGUUGAACAUCAUGGUCCAGGCCUCGUCAAUAACAACCCUCUCUCUCUCUCCUCCAGGUAACAUCCUGUUGAACAUCAUGGUCCAGGCCUCGUCAAUAACAACCCUCUCUCUCUCUCCUCCAGGUAACAUCCUGUUGAACAUCAUGGUCCAGGCCUCGUCAAUAACAACCCUCUCUCUCUCUCCUCCAGGUAACAUCCUGUUGAACAUCAUGGUCCAGGCCUCGUCAAUAACAACCCUCUCUCUCUCUCCUCCAGGGAACAUCCUGUUGAACAUCAUGGUCCAGGCCUCGUCAAUAACAACCCUCUCUCUCUCUCCUCCAGGUAACAUCCUGUUGAACAUCAUGGUCCAGGCCUCCAUACCGUGUUCCAGGAUGGGGAAGAACAACGUUAUGGUGGUAUGUGUUCCUAACCCUGUGGUGGACCACAGCAACCCUACCAACCCUGUGGCCAUGCUCAUCAGGGUGAAGACAGCAGAGGACGCUGAUGAACUGCACAACAUACUGGAGGAGAAGAAAGUUUAGGGGACUCGCCCCUGGGGGGGGGACUCGCCCCUGGGGGGGGGGGGGGGAUACAGGCUCAAACUCCACUCAACCCUUCUCCCUAUCAACUAACCACAGGUCCAAACCUAGAUCUCAGUCCUAUUCUCCUAGCCCCUCUACCCCAGUCCUAUACCCCUAUACCCCAGUCCUAGACCCCUAUACCCCAGUCCUAUACCCCUAGCCCCUCUACCCCAGUCCUAUGCCCCUAUACCCCAGUCCUAUACCCCUAUACCCCAGUCCUAUACCCCUAUACCCCAGUCCUAGACCCCUAUACCCCAGUCCUAUACCCCUAUACCCCAGUCCUAUACCCCAGUCCUAUACCCCUCUACCCCAGUCCUAUACCCCUAUACCCCAGUCCUAUGCCCCUAUACCCCAGUCCUAUGCCCCUAUACCCCAGUCCUAUACCCCAGUCCUAUGCCCCUAUACCCCAGUCCUAUACCCCUCUACCCCAGUCCUAUACCCCUAUACCCUAGCCUAUACCCCUAUACCCCUCUACCCCAGUCCUAUACCCCUAUACCCCAGUCCUAUACCCCUAUUACCCCAGUCCUAUACCCCUAGCCCCUUACCCCAGUCCUAUACCCCUAUACCCCAGUCCUAGCCCCUAUACCCCAGUCCUAUCCCCUAUACCCAGAUACCCUACACCCCUAUCCUAUACCCCUAUACCCCAGUCCUAUACCCUAUACCCCAGUUCCUAUACCCCAUUAUCCCCUAGCCCCUAUACCCCAGUCCUAUACCCCUAUACCCCAGUCCUAUACACCCAGUCCUAUGCCCUAUACCCCUACCCCGUCCUAUACCCCUAUACCCCAGUCCUAUACCCCUUACCCCUAGCCCUAUACCCUAUACCCUCAGCCUAUACCCCAGUCCUAUACCCCUAUACCCAGUACCUAUACCCCAGUCCUAUCCCCUAUACCCCAGUCCUAUACCCUACCAGUCCUAUACCCCUUACCCCAGUCCUAUACCCCUAUACCCCAGUCUAUACCCCAGUCCUAUACCCUAUACCCCUCCACCGUCCUAUACCCCUAUACCCCAGUCCUAUACCCCAGUCCUAUACCCUACCCCAGUUACCCCUAUACCCCUCUACCCCAGUCCUAUACCCCUAUACCCCAGUCCUAUACCCUCUAUCCCCAGUCUAUACCCCAGUCCUAUACCCUCUAACCCCAGUCCUAUACCCCUCUACCCCAGUCCUAUACCCCUUACCCAGUCCUAUACCCCAUAUACCCAGUCCUAUACCCUCUACCCCAGUCCUAUACCCCAGUCCUAUACCCUUACCCAGUCCUAUACCCCUAUACCCCAGUCCUAUACCCCUAUACCCCAGUCCUAUACCCCUCUACCCCAGUCCUAUAUUCCCCUAUACCCCAGCCUAUACCCCUAUACCCCAGUCCUAUACCCCAUAUACCCCAGUCCUAUACCCCUCUACCCCAGUCCUAUACCCUAUACCCCAGUCCUAUACCCCUAUACCCUAGACCCCAUUACCCCAGUCCUAACCUACCCCAGUCCUAUACCCCUUUACCCCAGUCCUAUACCCUAUACUAGCCCCAUACCCCAGUCCUAUACCCCAGUCCUAUACCCACCAGUCCUAUACCCCUAUACCCCAGUCCUAUACCCCUAUACCCCAGUCCUAUACCCCAGUCCUAUACCCCUAUACCCCAGUCCUAUACCCCUUACCAGUCAUACCCAGUCCUAUACCCUAUACCCCAGUCCUAUGAUACCCCCUAUACCUACCCCAGUCUAUACCCCUAUACCCCAGUCCUAUGCCCCUAUACCCCAGUCCUAUGCCCCUAUACCCCAGUCCUAUACCCCUAUACCCCAGUCCUAUGCCCCUAUACCCCAGUCCUAUGCCCCUAUACCCCAGUCCUAUACCCCUAUACCCCAGUCCUAUAUCCCAGUCCUAUACCCCUCUACCCCAGCCCUAUACCCCUAUACCCCAGUCCUAUACCCCAGUCCUAUACCCCUCUACCCCAGUCCUAUACCCCUAUACCCCAGUCCUAUACCCCAGUCCUAUACCCCUAUACCCCAGUCCUAUGCCCCUAUACCCCAGUCCUAUACCCCUAUACCCCAGUCCUAUACCCCUCUACCCCAGUCCUAUACCCCUUUUAUCUUCACACACCUGGACUACACGUACUGUCACACAGAGACACCUGGACUAGAC